CCUCUGUUUCACCGGCGAGAAGUCAAAAUGUAGUGGAUAGUUGCGUAUUUUCAUUUAAAAAUCCUGCCAAAAAACGCUUAAAAAGAAGAGAUCAACUUUGUAAUUAACUAUGGCUCCGCCAAAAUCAAGGAAGAUCGUCAUCAUGGGCUUUCGUUCUGUUGGGAAGUCUUCAAUCACGAUCCAGUUAGUGGAAGGGCAAUUCGUGGAUUCCUAUGAUCCAACAAUUGAGAAUACUUUUACAACGAGAGUGAAGCAUAACAGUCAAGAAUAUGUGUUGGAGCUUGUGGACACAGCCGGUCAGGAUGAGUACUCAAUUUUCCCUCAGUCCUACUCAGUUGGAAUUCAUGGUUACGUGCUUGUAUAUGCUGUAACAUCACCAAAAAGUUUUGAAGUUGUCAAGGUUAUUCAUGAGAAGCUACUGGAUAUGUCAGGCCAAGAUUAUGUACCAAUGGUCCUGGUUGGAAACAAGACUGAUUUACACAUGGAGAGGAAAGUCCCAACUGAAAAUGGAAAAUCCCUUGCUGAUUCCUGGAAGGCAGCUUUCUUUGAAUCAUCAGCUAAGGAAAAUAGUAGUGUCCAUGAAAUUUUCCAGAUGGUCAUCCGUGAAAUAGAAAAGCGUGACAAAGAUGGGAAUGUAGACAAGAAAGAGGAUUGUACCAUAUUAUGACAGCCAUACCCACCCAUACAGCAAGCUGCCAUGGAGGCUAAUCUAUUUUGUGAUAUGAAAACCUUUACUUACAACUCCUCCAUGCAGUACCAAGAUACUCCAUUUCCCCAAUAGAACUGAUUUUAAUGAAAUCUUUCCCAAAUCAUUCAUAGGAUUUUUAUCUCAUGCUAUAAGGGUUGGUGAAUUUGCUGCAUGAAAAAUUGCUGUUUUCAGAAUCUUCUGCACCGUAUUUUAAAGUCUUGCAAGCUGUACUGUUUGUGUGUUUAAAGAGUGACAGUGUCUUCUUUCAAUUGUGUUUCUUUCAUUUGAGGACAACAAGUUUUUGUUGUUUUAACUAAUUCAUCUCGGAUUGUUAGAUGCAGGCCAAAGUACUUGCCAUCUUCUCUGUACUUUUCUUUGGUUACCUUGUGAAUGCCUAUCCCUUUUCUCAAUUCUUUCUAAACAACGCAAGGAUAAUAACACUGGAUGAGGAGUGUGCUGUGGAUCAGGACACUAUGUUUUUAACAACAGUUACCUUAAUUUAUGGCCGAGCCUUGUUCAAACAUGUUAUGGCGCAGUUCAAAGGCAGAUUGGCAAAAUUUCAUAUGCCAAACUUUGCGUGUGUGUUUAUCAGGUCUGAUUGCAAAAGAUGAUCUUGUGUGUUAGUCUAGUGUGUCCUGAUUACCUUCAAUUUUUUUUAGACUUUUGUAUGUACACAAAUGCUAAAUACAAAUUUCAGCCCUGAGAAGUGCAAAGAAAGUUUUUACACCAAAUCAGACUUAACUGCAUCAGUCACAGACAACUGUAGGCUUGACAACCAGCUACCCUCUUUGUAAAGGAGCCUGUGAUCCUCCCCUCAAAACAUCCAGCAGUCUCUUCUUGGGCAGGAUUGCCUGCUCCACUCAAGAGAACAGUUGCAUUUAACCUUACUACAACCCAGGUUAAUGCAGGUUAUGAACCUCAAAGGCCUGAAUGUUUGAUAUGUGAUCUUUGAUGUUCAGGUUUGAAAAAAAAAAUCAAACAUUUUUUUCUCGCAAAUGGUGUAAGGGCAGCACUGUACCUACUCUAUAGCAUAUUUAGCAUGUGCAAAUUCUCAGAAAAGGUUAAAAUUUUUGUUAAAUAAAUGAAUCAUACUUAUUUCUGCAAAUUUCUUUUAGGGACAAAUAUACAAAAAUGAUUUUGAUUAGUGAACCCACUUGUUUGUAAUAUUACACUUGAAGUGCAUUUGCAUGCAUUCAUAAUUUUUCUUGUCAAACUCAAUUUUUUAAUGCUGUGAAACUUUUUUUUGGUGGAUUUACCUGAUGUUAUGUGGACCUCAGUGAGGGUCCAAAGAUGUCACCACAAAGUACUGUCCUUGGGAUUUUUUCUUUGGUUAUGCCAAGCCUCAUUGUUUUAAAAGUUAGCUUAGAAGAGAACAUUUAAAAGUAAUAGAACUUGUUCUCAUUAUUAUCCAAUUUGUAUGAACUCUGCUGAAUUUUUGUACAAAUAAAUGAAUGUUAUUGUGUUUAAAA